AAAUGGUACCGACGUCACUGUUUGCGGCCAGUGUAAACGGGCCCAUUACAUUACAGUCUCCGGCAGCAGAGCAGCCCGCCUCCUCUGGAUUGUGGACCAAUGGCUCCGACGCCUCUACAUCUCGUCUGCCUCUCAACCCGCGUUCAGCCCCUCGCAUGACGUAACGCCCAAUCUGAAAGUGCAAUGGCGAUAUUGGACAAUAACAGCCAUCGCGCUUGGGGUCCACAUCUAUAUUAUGUGGCUACGGUUCAAGAAAACACCUCCAGCCGGCUGCAAAACCACAUAUAAUAUCGGCACAGAGCGCGAGCGUCAACCUGCGACCAGGAAAGGUGAUCUCCCAGCCUCUGCACGCGAUGACAGCUUAGAAUAAAUCGCUGGUGUGACGUGUGAACAGACACCAUGGCCACACAGGAACCGUCCCCCCCUUCGUCCAUGGAGAGCAAUAAGCCCGGCUUCCCCAAGAAGAUCCUGGGCAACAAGCUGGAGGACAAACACCUGUGCAACUGCUGCCACAAUAUCCUCAGACGGCCUUUCCAAGCCCAGUGUGGACAUCGCUUCUGUUCCUACUGCUUUAACAGGACUGUGAGUAAUGGACCUCAGAAAUGCAAUGCUUGCAUCAAAGAGGAUAUUUUUGAGGACCCUACCUCUAUUUUAAAACAAGGAUGCGCUUUUCCAGACAAUGCGGUUCGAAGGGAAGUUGAAAAUCUGCCAGCUGUUUGUAUCAAUGAAAGCUGCACUUGGAAAGGAAGCAUAAAGGAGUACGAGAUGAACCACGAGGGGAAGUGCGAGUUCAUGAUCAUCCCCUGCCCUUCCUGCAAAGAACGAAUCCGCUUCAAUGAACAGGAGCGCCAUAAUGAGCGAGAGUGCCCUGAGAGGACGCUCAACUGCAAGUACUGCAAGGAGCCGUUCCACUUUAAGAAUAUCAAGGCGCAUGAUGAGAUCUGCCCCAAGUACCCGAUGAUCUGUGAAGGCUGUGCCAAGAAGAAAAUACCCAGAGAAAAGUAUGUGGACCAUAUCAAAUUCUGCAGCAAAUUCAGAACUCCAUGUCGAUUUCAUGUGGUGGGAUGCGAUAUGUCUGUGGAGAAGGAAAAGAUUCAUGACCAUGAGCGCGCAUAUGCCUAUGAGCACCUCAAUCUUCUGCUGCAUUAUAUUAUGGGCAUGAAAGUUAGCAUGGAGGGCCUACAGCCCCAGGGACUGGAAGUAGCCGGACACAAACUGGUGGAACUCCAACAAUCCCUCAAGGAACUCGAGGCCAGAGUCUCCCAGCUCAGCACCACCUCCUCUGGGCCUCCCGUGCAGGGAGCCGCCGCUGCCGCAUCCUCAUCAUCUUCCAGCUCUGGACCUCCUGGUCCACCCGCUUCAGUUCCUCUACCUCCACCUCCCACUCUGCCUCCCACUCUCUCUGUGUCUACAUCCUUCACGCCUCUGCCCAGCUCGGUGGGCGCAGCGCUUGAGCUCCAGCUUCACAGCGAGAAAACCAAGGUGGCCGAGCUCGGCCGCAGGUGCACGGAACUGGAAGUCAAAGCUGGCACGUUUGAAAAUGUGGUGUGUGUCCUGAACAGAGAGGUGGAGAGGUUCGCCACCACCAUGGAAGCCAGCAACCGUCAGCAUAAACUGGACCAGGAUAAGAUCGAGGCUCUGAGCAAUAAGGUGCGACAGCUGGAGCGGACUGUGGGGCUGAAGGACCUGACGGUCGCAGAGAUGGAGGGACGGCUGAGAGAAAUGUCCGCCACCACAUUUGACGGCGUCUUUAUCUGGAGGAUCUCAGAUUUUGCCAAAAAGAGACAAGAUGCCAUCGCAGGCCGAGCCCCCGCCAUGUUCUCGCCAGCCUUCUAUACCAGCAAGUAUGGCUAUAAGAUGUGCCUACGGAUCUAUCUGAAUGGAGAUGGGACAGGGCGUGGCAGCCACUUGUCCUUGUUCUUUGUGGUGAUGAGGGGGCUGAGUGAUGCCCUGCUUAAAUGGCCCUUCAACCAGAAGGUUACGCUGAUGCUGCUGGACCAGAGCAACAGAGAGCACAUCAUCGAUGCCUUUCGACCUGAUGUCACUUCCUCCUCCUUCCAGAGACCCGUGAGCGAGAUGAACAUCGCCAGCGGCUGUCCACUCUUCUGCCCGCUCUCUAAGCUCGAUGGCAAGAACACUUACAUUCGUGACGACACCAUCUUCAUCAAGGCGAUUGUGGACCUCACCGGCCUCUAGACGACCUCCACGGGGUGUUACAGUUUGGCAACCAGGCAGCUCUUUGACCAUUAAAGGCUUCAUUUUGGCUCAGUCGCGGUCCCUUUCAGGGCUCCGUUCGGGCACCUUGCUGUCCCCCGCAGCUUUGGGGAGACAGACAUGCUUGCGACAGUCUGCUGCAUGUAGCUGCUCAGACCAGACAAUGCAGGCAUUCUUAUACCUUGGUGGUCUCUGUGUGAGAACCCUCCCCUCCGUCAUUGCUGUACAUUUGGGUGCAAAACUUACUUUCUCGACAUCACAGCAUCACCAUCCACGGUGAUAAAGUGCCGUUUCAGUUCUGCACGCGAGUUUUCAGUUAGAGGAAGCAGGCAGCAGUGUGACGUAGUCAGAGCGGUGUUGAGCAGAAGCAGAGGGGAGUGAAAAGGUAGAACUGCGUCUUUGUUUUUCGUCCCCUGCUUUCGAAGGCUGGGGGAUGUUGCAGAACAUGCAGAGUGUGUUAGAGCAGGGCUGUAGAUGUGUUUUAUGUGAUCACUCUGGUAAAGCUGGCAGUAGAAUUAUAAUAGAGUUAGAGCGUGGCUUGAUGCAGAUUUUGCUUCUUUUUAAAGAUUGUGGAUAUUGUGAGCUUCUCAGUUCCAGUGUGGAGUAAAUUUGCAUAGACAAACGUGGAGUUAUGUUAUGAAUAAGAUUACAGGCAUUUCUUUUUAUUUCUUCAUUUCUUUUAAACAAAAUGCAUGCUGCUGGAGUUUUAAGUAUAAAAUAUAAAAAUGCUCUUUUUUUUGGAAGGGGGGGGGGUUGUUUUGGGGGUUUUUUCAACUGAGCUUCACAAAGUUUCAUCAUUUGAUAUUAAACUUGUUAGUGAUUUAUCCAUCUGUGAUGGUGGACAUUGCCUGCAUGUCUAUGAAGCCAGGCUAUUUACAUGUAAAGUCAGUGUUGCGUAUUUGUUCCUAAUAAGGGGGUCGGUGGUUCUGAUUGGUGGUUUGGUACAUCUGUGGAAGAUACAGUGGAGUUACCAAGGAGUCAGGGCAGCUUGCCAGUCAAGCCUGAGGCGUAAAACUUACAUGUGGUUUUGUCUCUGACAAACAUACAUCGCUGGAGUUUUUCCCAAGGAUAUGCUCACUAGCUCACAUCUCAACACAUAGUACCGUGCCCCACCACAGACUGAGGUCAACGCAGAUUCCACGAAAUGAAGGAAUAGUAUGUUCCUUGUUUUCUGUCCAUACAGUAUACAGUGCGUAUGUGUUUCUGCUGCUAUACGAUAGAAUACUCAUGUGAAUGUCGGUGCAAAUAUAAAUGAGCUACGUGUGUGGAGGUAGAGAGGAUGGAAACAAGAGAUUGUAUUGUUGUCGGUCUCAGGCCAAUGUUGACUUUAUUUAUUGCAGAUCGAUGUUCAGCGCAGCCCCCGAAUUUUUCGUUUUCCCUUUCCGUGCUCUUUCACCAAUUUUCACCACAGCACCACACAUCGAACAAAAACUCUGGUUAAACUGAGAUGUACUUUUUCCGCGUGCCGUCACUUUGGCACGCAUCCUGAGGUUUUAAGGUUCACGCUGGCCUGUUUGGAAACCAGUCUCGACCUGUAUUGAAACCUCUCUGUGCAUGGGAGGCUUCGAUUCAUAUUCACUAUGGAGUUUCACAGCGGCUUUCCUCGUGGGCCACGUGUGAACGCAUUUAUUUGUAUUCGUUUGGAUGAAAAUACGUAGAAUAGUUAUUAUGUUAUAUCUGGCGCCGCUUCCGUUCAACAGAAGCAGCUGCCUAUAUUCAUAGCAAUGUAUAAAUAUGUAUCUUUCAUAUCAUAAUGUUGAAAUAAUCUAUAUAUCAAUGUUAAUAUACACAAGAGGUUAUAAUAAACAUAGUAUUACUGAAUACCUUAUUAAUUCUAUAUCUAUAUACCAACUUUUUGUUUGAUGGUUUGAACAGGCCAGGACAACCCCUUUGUGACUUGUGAUUCUUUCUAGAGUGCAAUAUAUGAUCAUGUCUGUUAGGGUUUACAGAGGUCACGCUCGACUCAUUUGUUUACAUUACCCAUUCUGGCGCCGAAGAACCGCAACCCAAUUCUCUGAGGAAAUAUGGUGCUUUCCUUGUCAUAAAUCAUAUGCUAUUUUAUCAGUAACAUGAAAAUCACAAGUCAGUAGCUAUCCGUGCGGCUUAUUGGCUCUGUGGGCUUUUAGAAGAUCAUUUUAAUGUUAAGGAAUUCUUGUUCCAUACAGUGAGUGAGUUUAUACUCUUAUCUUAGGAACCUUUCAGUGAAGACUGAGCUUGUAAUAAAAUAGGAUUACAUGGACUUUUUAAAGUGUUCUCGUAAUGUGCCAAACUCAAAUAUUACCUCCAUGUAUGAACACUGUUGUACUGCAAGUUGAAUUUUAUGUUCUAUGCUAAAAUAUGGUGCCAAAUAUGUUUCUAUUUAAUUUUCUAUGAAGAUGCGUGUGUGAGAUUUUAAUAUGAGGCGUCAUUACUUCUGUAAGCACCAGAGGAGCUGAUUAAUACUGUCCCAUUUAAACUGUCCUCAGAUGAGGUUUCUGAAUGUAAGCUUUAAUUAAGUUGGUUUUCCUUUUCAAAAAACACAACAGCCGUUCUGUCUUGUGAUGCAGUUGACUUGAACCAACUUUUUUUGUGCACUUUCUAUCCUUUGUUUGUCCAGACAGGGUAUUUUGUUGAGCGAUUUAUGUACCUUGAAAUCAGAGCCAUAUGUAUUCUGAUGUUGAUAAUUGAUGUAUUAUGCUGAAAAAAGGACAUGCAGUAUGUAAUAAAGUGUGGUGGUUUCA